AUGGCCGAGUAUCCCGCUUCGCUCAUCCCGGGCAUGUUUGUCAACGCAGUGGAUGGAAAUAUACUAGAAGUUCAAGCAUUUAUGAAUGAAUUUAUCGGAAAGAUCCUGAAGGAGGCGGAUUGCAACGCCAAAGUGGUGUGGGAUAUACCAAGCAGAGAAGAUGGCACUGAACGUAGCAGACACUUUGAGAUUCUACGUAACGGUUUUGUCCUUUGUUAUGGGGCGGUGUCAUCAAGUGAGACAGUUGAUGACAUGAAGGUCGUAGAAUCUCACCGACUCCAUAGGGAAGUUCUUCGUCCCCGAUCUCGUGACGCUGGGUAUAUUUUUGUGGCUAAAAAUACUGGGGAGGGGCUGAAACUUGAGUUUGCUAUAGCCCGCUGUGUUGAAGGUGACCUUGAUAUUUUGCCGGCGCUGGUGGAUCCGAAUAUGAGCACUGUAUACCUGGAUAAGAAUUAUCCUCGUGAGGGUCCUAAGGAAGCCUUUCGGGCCUUUCUUGCUGCGUGCAUUCAGUUGCUCCCUGUCCCCACUGCUUGA